CACCAAUCACCCCUCCGUCCAUCGCGGCUCCCACGAUAGCUACGCAGACUUGAGACGAUUCAACCGAAGACAAUCGUUUUCGCUGGUCGAAAGGGCGUCUAAUUAUUGUCUUUCUGUCCCAACGGUUCCUGUCCUAUUCCGACCGACAGGGGUCCCUAAACCACCAAUACCCGCACGUCAGACCCCAAAGUUUUACCGAAACCUCCAUAUUCCACAAUGUCUGCCCGUCUCUUCUCGAAUCGCCUUCGCUCUUCUCUCCUCGCUCGGAGGCCGCAAAAUGUCCAGGGCUUUUCUACCCGGAGCAACCUCCGUGCCGCUGACCACGGUGACCACUACGAUCCUCCUACCGGAUACCUUUUCGGUGUCAAGCCGGGCCAGAAAUAUGUGAAGGAAGGCUGGGAGAACCUUUGGUACUACGGAUUCAUUGGAAGCUUGCUCGUUGCCGGUGUCGCAUAUAUCUUCAAGCCGGACACUUCGAUACAAACAUGGGCUCUGGAAGAGGCACGGCGACGACUGGAAGCUGAGGGCAUCCUGGAGGACCCAGACAAGACCGAGAGGAAGUAGAGCCCAUCAUAUAUUCUGGGGAUUAUUCUGUACUUUGUACAUAGAGGGAUUGGGCUUGUAUGGCAAUCUGGGUUGACGCUUGCACCCACGACGACGAUUACGGUGUGCCGGUCCACUUUUACUUUAGACAGGUCGUUUUAUUGCAUUUUUCUUUGUCUGUUCUUUCUACCUUCUUGCGUGUACUAUGUCACUUAAUUCCCUGAAAUGUUAUAAUCAGUUCGUUCCGGGAAUCUUCCAGAAAAGUCC